UAAGCCGCCAUAAGAAUAGUCUUGUACAGUUUAUUGAAUGCUUUACCCAGCUAAAAUUGGCUACUGGUGUUUAAUUUCUCCUUCUGGCUCAACAGCCUAUUCAUUUGUACAGUAUAUAACUCUACAUUUUGAAAAUAAAAAUGAUCUGUCAAUUAAUCAACAUUAUCACAAUAAACACCCAACCAGACUGCCAGGUCUGCUUCAAAGAGAACUUUCUGAAGUAGGUCAAUUAACACUGACAAAUACAUUAAAGUAUGAGCCGUAAUCAUCCCUAUUGUAAAUGCCAAUUAGAAAUAGAUACGUUUUUAUCAGCUAACAAACUGACAUUCACUAACAUAGCUGAAACAAACCUCGAUAGAGUGAAUGGUUUCCAAUCGCCGUUCAGUUAAAAGCACUGCAGCAGAACGUUUCAGUAACCUGUAACUGUCUUUUGAAUUGCUGUGCAGUUUCAGUUUUAUUUAUUCCAUUUAGAUAAUGCAUUGACAUUAAAUGUUUUGCUCCUAGUAAUUCAACAACGUGUGUAUGCUGCCGGUAUCUGUUUGAAACCUAUCAUUAUACAUACAGAUUGAGUAUUGUAUCACAAAAAUAAUAUUUCAAUAAUGGAGCAAAAUACAUUAAAAUAAACAGCAACUGGACAUGUGGAAAAUACAUACUCGACCAAAGACCAAAUGUAGGUAUGGCAAAAUAAAAGUGAAAUAAAGUUUACUUUAAUUGCCUGCCACUAUUUGACUUUCAGUACAAAUACUGCCAAAUGUUCAAACAAGGGUGCGAACGACCUCCUCUAAACCGUUUCCAGAGAUCCACGGCGUAAAGUUAGUUUGUUUACAGGAAGCUCAUUCUUGUUUGCUUCCAACCGAAAAUGCAAAUUCCAUUGCAGUCACGAUUAAGCUGCUUCGUUAUCUGUUUGUGUGGGGGUGGGGAGGGCGACCUACGGCUAUUUUCCCCUAAAUCGGUUUAAAGUCCCAUAACCGGAGAUUGAAUAAAUUAUUACCCUACAAUUCUUGCUAUCUAGCAUUUGGUUACAUUUUAGUUAGCAAUAACGUUACGUGGAUUCCAUUCUCAAUUCACGGUGAUAGAUCUAUUACGGUUCCAGAAUUUGUCAGGCAGGCAUAUUUUACAACUGCUGUUUUAAGUGCUUUUACACAGUCAUGUGAUUGUAACGUAACCCGACCGGAAAGCACCGACGACCAUCGCCGCCAAUGCUGCUUGAGAGGAACAGAGCAGCUGCGAGCCAACGGACAAGUCCCCCGGUAACAAACAACAACACACAAACUCCGCGGAUUCAUUCAUAGUAGAAAGUUGAAGAAUGGAGUUGGCCAACCAUGGUCUUAUCCUCCUGCAGCAGCUCAACGCUCAGAGGGAGUUUGGCUUCUUGUGCGAUUGCACUGUCGCCAUCGGCGACGUCUUCUUCAAAGCCCACAAGGCCGUGUUGGCCUCCUUCUCAAACUACUUCAGAAUGCUCUUCAUACACCAGGACAGUGAUUGUGUCCGCCUGAAGGCAGCUGACAUCCAGCCAGACAUCUUCAGUUACCUUCUCAACCUGAUGUACACAGGGAAGCUAGCCCCUCAGCUUAUCGACCCAGCCCGUCUGGAGCAGGGGGUCAAGUUCCUCCAUGCCUACCCCCUCCUCCAAGAGGCCAGCCUGGCCAACCAGACAGCCUUCUCCCACCCUGAGUCCAGCCUGCCCCUCUCCACUUCCCUGUUUGGUAUCCAGAUCUCAGACCAGCAGGUGGCACCCUCUGGCAGGCUGCCCACCCGACGCCAGCUCUCCUCACCCUUUGACCUGGACAGCCUCUCCGAUGGGAAGUACCCGUCUGCCGUAGCGGCAGCCUUCGCCAGCCACGCAUCCAAGCUGGACUCUUCAUUUCAGGAAUUGGUGGAGGCUUCGACCAGUGGCCGCCAGGCCUCAUACGAGGAGCACAGAGGGGACACGCUGAUAGGAGAGGCUCCCUCCUCCGCUAACGCCAACACCAUUCUUCACGUGAAGCCGAGCAUCAUGAAGAGGAGCGCCUCCUUCAGAAAGCACUACUCCUGUCACCUGUGCGGCAGCCGCUUCAACCAGAGAAGCUUAUUGAGGGAGCACCUCAUGCAACACAGCCAGGCCCGGCUCCCCUCGGUGGCUGAACCCAUCGGUGCACACUCCCCUGUUACGCUAGGGGGAGUAGGAGCCACCACACCAGAGGUUGAGGAGGUACUGCUAAGGGGAGGCGGAGACCGAUCCGCUGCCAAGACAGUCGAGAUGCUCAGCGACAGCGAGCAAGCGCCUCCCUCAGGUUCUAACAUGGACUCUCCCAGAGCCGAGCUGACGAUAUCCGGGUGGGCGGCUGGCUGCCAGUCCCAGGCCGACACCCCGCCCCCAUCAGACAUCGCAGACAUUGACAACCUGGAGAGUGCCGACCUGGACCGCGAGGUGAAGCGCAGGAAGUAUGAGUGCUCCACCUGUGGACGCAAAUUCAUCCAGAAGAGCCACUGGCGAGAACACAUGUACAUCCACACAGGCAAACCCUACAAGUGCAGCGCCUGCGGAAAGAGCUUCUGCCGAGCGAACCAGGCGGCCCGGCACGUCUGCCUGAGCCAGGGCGCCGACGCGUAUACCAUGGUGGACCGGCAGAGCAUGGAGCUGUGCGCCGCAGGUGACGACACCAGCCAGAUGGAGGCGCUCUUCCUAGGCUCGGCCAGGCCCUAUAAAUGCAAUGUCUGCGAAACCACCUUCUCCAGCCCCAACGAGGUCAUCAGACACCUGUGCUUCAGCCAGGGGGCUCUAGCAGGCCUGCAGGGGCAGGCAGGGGCGGGUCUGUUACAGGCGGAGGAGUUUCCCAAAGAUGAAGGGUCUGAUUCCUCCGGUGCCGGCCCUCUCAUUACACCAAUAAAAACUGAGCAAAUCUUGGUAGAGUAGCACCACAGUACUACCAUUUUUCUUUCACUUUGGUAAAUAAUGGUCAGUAGUGGGGCUACUUAGUUAAAGUAACUGCCCAGUGUUUCCAAAUUUCUAUGAAAUAUGACCUGUUACUACUUACAAUACAAGUGAAAAGGUUUUACUUCAAAACAAAAGUUGAGUAAUGUGUUAAAAUGCUGCUUUUCUGUGUACCCAUAAAUAGAAGGGCGUGGGUGUAUUCUUGUGGUAAAAAAUAUUCAUGUGAGUAGACUGCUGAUUAACCAGUUCAUCUUUCUAUAGGCUGUUGAUUGGCCAGCUCAUCUUUCUAUAGGCUGUUGAUUGGCCAGCUCAUACUCCUCAGGAGAAUGUUGUCAUCCUCUUGAGCAUAUUUCAAACAGGCUCUUUGAGAGGUUUUUUAUUUUUGAAUAAUUUUCCCUAAUUUAAGCUUUGGUCACAAAUGGACAUAUAGGAUAAGUCAACCACAUUAUUUGGUAAUAAUAAUUUAUAGAAUAUUUCAAAGUGAGAACUGUCACUGGGAAGUUACUUUAAGAUUGUGUGUGUUAGGAGAGGUUUUAUAUUUACUGAAUGAAAGCCAGAGACAGGCACUUGUUACAAUAGAGAAACUGUUAUUUUUGUUCUGUCACGCUACCAGCCAGAGUGUCUAUGAAGUGAUCCUUAUGGAAACCACACACUGUACAGUCUUAUUUCUUUUAUGAACUUUUUUUAUUGUUGUCUUUUAAAAUUGUUUAAUGCUUUGUUGGAUAGAGACAGGGGUGAAGGAUAUAGUGUGUUUUUGCUGAUAGAGCAAUGGGCCAGAUUGAAACUCAUGUUUCAGCACGACAGCAGUGUGGCUUAGACCGCUAGGCCACCAAAGUGACAUUUCUGACAGGGCGUUGCAUCCUUUUGCCCACUUAAGCCUGGGCAUCUAGGCAUUUGUCACUAACCAGCAACAUUUCACCACUAUGUAUUACUCAAAAUAUGUGCUGCAGUGUAUUUCCUAAGUAUAACUUGGCCAUAUUGUCAAUGUCUGUCUUUGGUGUUUCCUUUUCAUAAGUCUGUCACGUUGGUUUCUGUUACUUUAUUUAAAGUGGCCGUUGGCUGUGGUCGAGCCUCUUAGCUUUUAGCUCCAGACUGGAACAGGAAGCCGAGAGAGUUCCGGAGUUUCUCUACGAUCUGACUGUAUGGUAGAGGAUAGCAACAGACAGAAUGGCGGUCUGAACGCAUGUCUGUUGUGAAAGAAAAAACAGCAGUUUUUUCUCGAGUGCUCUUUAGUGCUGCACAUUGAUAAAAUAAAUAUUUAAUGCCCAGUCCAGAACCAACCCUGCCAUUGCCAAGAAGGUCCGACCCAGUAGGGUGGCUAUGUCUUCUUUUGGCAGUUUUCAGUAACCCUGUAAGUAGAACAUGUAACAUGAAAUUGUAUAUUUCCAUGGUAUAAUGUAUUUUCUGUGCAUCGUUUUAAGCAGCCAUUUUGUUACUUUGUAUGUUCGGUGUGCCAACUGUGGGUAUGAAACCUCCCCUUUUAAAGAAGUCAGGCAAUGCAGGCCUGUCAUUAGGAUUGUGUUGGUUAUAACAAUGGAGACCUCAAAGCAGAAGCAAGCAGUGUAGCUCUGUACGUCAUGUUUACAUCCAAACCAUUUUGUAAACCUUUUUUUCUUUUUUUUUUUUAAAUGGCUACUGCAUUUUUAACACAGCGUUGUUUCUGUCGAAGAGAAUACUUGCAUAAAUACCUUGAAGGGAGUUUUCAAUGCUGUACAACAUUGUACAUCUUUGCCAAUUGAUGAUCAUUUGCUUGAAUUUGUUCUUAAAGCCCUUAUUUUUGUGUUUGAGAUACCUUUCUAAUUUUAUAAACAGUGCUAUAUUUACAAAUAAUAUUUUAUAUUGCAAAUUUUGUAUAUUACUAAUUACUUUCUAUGUAGAAAACCAUUGAUUUAGUGUAGUGAAGGUGUAUGUUUAUUUGUUGUCAAUCUCUUUCCAUUCAAAGCCUUGAGUGUUACAAAACAAAAUGCUACUAUGAUUUUUCUCUUCAUCUUCUGUUUUUUUUAUUGACAGCCACAGCUUUGUCCCUUUUACAUUGCAAUACAGAACAGAUUAGCAGCAAGGAGGAUCGGGCUCAGAUGCAUUUUGACUAAGGUUUUUUAUUUUUUUUUGCCCUUUGGGGCUCUGAAUGGAUGGAUUAAUGAAAAUUUGCCAUCCUAAUGGUUAAUAUAUGACUAUCACUGUAUGGUUUAUGCUGAUCCAACUACACUUUAUCCAGGGUAGCGCCAUUUGGGCCUGUGUUUCCUUAGUUCUUAGCACUAACUGUGUCUUCUUGAUGAGCAAAUAAGUCAUGGACCUUUUAUUAGCUCAAAGACAAUAUAAAAAGUGCUUAUUUGUAUGGUUGUUACAUGGGCAAGGGCUUAUUUAUCUCACGACUCAAGCUGUGUUCUGUUCAGACAUUAUGAAAUAAAUACUACUGAAAUUGACUUCUCAGACUUCAACAUCUAGGCCUAGUGCAAGUGUCGCCUCAUCAGUCAAACGUAAAGUCUGCAUUCUCCCUGCUGAGCUUGAAUCUUGCGGUGUUCAACCACAUUGGUCAGAGACGUACUCAAACAGCUUAACAUGUCUUUCACUGUGUCUGUUAUAACAUUUUUAUUUAUGCAAGCGGUUUGUCUUUACUGUGUCGGGAUAUUUUUGGAAACACAUGUUUAAAGGGUAAUGGGGAAGCGGGGGGCCAGGGCAAUGGAAAGUCCCCUACCAGUGAUCCUCCAGUGCGCACAAUGCCCUCCACCCCAACCUCAAAACUGAGUUGAACGAGUACUGUGAUAUCUCUUUGUUCUCAGGAACGUGAGUAAGUCUUCUCUGUAAAUAAUAGAAAAGGUGUAUUUUACAUUUUCACAGUGAAGAAUGAACAAUAAAAUGAUGUUUUGCAGAACUGUGGCAAAUUGAAGUAUUUUAUAUUCAUCUGUUUUAAUUUACACAAAUACACCAUGUUCUGUGCUGAUGCUUUCAUCUGUGCCUAUGCAAUAUUCUGUUAAAUAUACCCUACAUCACAUAUUGAAGGGUUUUCCCAGUCCACCAUCAAGCAGGUCUCUGUCGGACUGGUGUUGGUAUUUAUUUUACAAAAUGGUUUCACUUAAUAAAAUGAUUCACAAGUU